CAUCUGCUUCAAGAGUUGAUUCAGUAAAAAUCACGAGAAUGCAAAAAUCGAAGACAAGUAAAUCCGGUGAUCGACUCGGUGAGUUGCCCGACUCAUUAAUCUUCGAAAUAUUUUGGUUCUUGCCCAUUACAGAUGUUGUUAGGACAAUAAUUCUCUCCAAACGUUGGAAAGGCCUCUGGAAAACCGCCCCCUUCCUUAAUCUCAACGAUUCCACGAUGGAGAAAUUGGAUGAUUACCGAACACGCGUAGAUAGAGCCCGAGGAGUGGUGAAUCGGGCACUAAUGCUGUGGAGUGGGGUAAAGAUUCUGAAAUUCAAGGUUGAUUUCCCUGUUCCGUAUAAUUAUACGGCAAUUGAUAAUAUAUGGCUUAAUCAUGUUGAUGUGUGGGUGCUUUUGGCAACGGAGAAUGGGGCAGAAGAGGUAUACUUAAAUUUGUGGGCGGACAAAGGAUAUAUUGUGCCCCGCAAUCUGUAUGGUGAUUGGAAGAGCCUUUCUGCAAAGCGAGAUACAUUGCUUAACGAUGUUGAUGUGUGGUUGCUUUUGGCAACGAAGAAUGGGGCAGAAGAGGUAUACUUACAUUUGGGGGAGAUGUCGGGGUACAAAGAAUACUUGGUGCCCCAGUGUCUGUACUCGUGUUCAUCGCUUAAAGUGUUGUCGUUGAGGUCUUGUCGCCUUGUUAUUCAUGGGAAUAUCAAGUGGGAUCAGCUCAAGAGCUUGACGAUUGGUAGCACAUUUUGUAGCGUCAACUUCGUUACUGAGAAUGCGGUUAACCUAAUUUUGAAUGGAAGCCCUAAAUUGGAAGUGUUUGCCCUAACGCUUAAGGACAGCCCGCAGAGCUUGUGUAUCCAGUCGAGUAGCUUGAGAAAGCUCUCGAUCACCAAGCAUUCACGUGGUAGUUAUUUUUGUGUGGGUCCAUCGAAAGAUACAGUGCUGAAAAUUUGGACUCCAAAUCUAGAAAGGUUGAAGAUGGUGGGGAUUCCAUAUAGCAAGUGUGUGUUGUUGGAUGUCUCCUCUUUGAGUGAUGCAAAUCUUUGUUUUUAUAGUUUUGGAAGCAUGAAGUAUGACUAUUUGCUCGAGGAAGCACUGGGGCAAAUUCUUCCGUCCAUCCGACUUGUUGAAACUGUCACAUUAUCUGAUUGGAGCAUCAAGGUGCUAGGAAUCAUGAAAAAGAAACAUUCGCUUUCACCUUUGUCCAAUGUCAAGGUCUUGAACUUUGUUUCAUCAACACAAGUAGAAAUGGUAGAAAUGGCAGGUCUUCUUGAGAUUUUUCCUAAUGUGAAGAGGUUAUCCCUCUCUCGUAGAAACUACAAAAACAAUGAAGACUCACUCGAGUCUGAACCAAUUAAUCUCGCCAAAUUGUCUCUGCUCCAGCUGAGGACAAUCGAGAUUGCUUGUCUUGAGGGUGACAACUUCAUAUUUCCAUUGAUAAAGAUUCUGCUAAAAUACGCGAGUAAGCUUGAAAAGAUGGUGUUCCAAGUAGGUUAUUUGUCUCCGGAAUUGCAGAGAGUGCUGAAAAUGCCGCCCAGACCUUCACGACGAUCAAAUUAUUUGUCGUGUGCAUCGCAGAAAGUGCGGAAAAUGCCUAGAUCUUCGCCAACAGCACAGUUGAUUUUCCGUGAAAAACCAUCAGACUAAUUAUGUUUUUAUUGAUCGUUUCUGGUUAAUACUUGAGUGUCUGUGAGUAUUGAUCUUAGUAGGGAAAUAGAUUUUGCCGUAAAAUUCCAUGAUUUUUUUUUUGAAACGACAGAUAUUUUAAUUUAUUUCUUUUUGGUCUUUUUGG